AACUACCUACAUUGACGAUUGGAUGUUUGAAACAUCAAACUUUGAAUCCGUCAUUCGGGCGUUCGAAGUCCAUCAUAAGUUUUUGUAAUUCAUUUUUGUAAUUAUUGUCAUUAACAUGAAUGAAGGUUGUUAUAAUACAUAUACGAUAUCGGAUUCGGAUGAUUCAAUUAUAAACGAGAAUCGUCGGACAAAUGAAACUUCGCGCAAAGACGAUGAUUAUUUGUCAUCUGAGCAGGAACCAGAAUUUUUUCUCCAAGUUUUACAAUGUCAAAAACGAAAAAAAUUAACAUCUCCAGAAAAAACUUGUGACGAUAACAAGCAGAAAGAUGUCCAGACUGAUGACCCUGCACCAAAUACUUAUGUACCUAGAACAGGACCAUGCAUUUAUACUAAUACAAACAAUAAACAAGCAACUGAAAAGGUAGAGCCAAAACGAAAAAAACGUUCAACAAAAGAAGAAAUCGAAGAAAGAAAAAGGGAAGAAAAGGCUAGAAAAGAUGUUAAGAAGAGAUUAGCUGAAGAAUUAAAACGUAUAAGUCCAAAAGAAUGUAUGAAGUAUGUAACUGUUCACAUUGAUAAACAUUUGACGAAUAAUGAAUACUGUGAGGAGUUAAUAUCUGGAAUAGAAACUACAGACGCAAAAUAUAAAAUUGAGUCAAAUUCAGCUGUAUUAAAUUCAAUAACAUGGUCAAGACAAAUAUCUGAUUCUGUUAGUGAAGAUGAACAUUUUAUGUUGUUGAUUUGGGAAUUUGAUUAUGUUAAGAAUCUGAUUGUAUCAUGUCAAUUAUUAAACAAAAUAAAUGAUAUUAAAUUACAUAAAACACAACUUUCAAUCAUCAUAUUUAGUACUGCUGAUCAACUCAAGUAUUUAUUAUCAUAUUACAAACAAAAUCUAAGAAGAAUGGGAAGAAUUCUGGAUAUGUUGAAUAGCCUCGAGCAGAUGAUGCUGAAUUGUCAAGUUUCAUUUCGCUUUGUAGAAAAUAAAAACGAUAUAGGAUUGGCAGUUUUGUAUUUAACCAAAUCCAUUGCACAGAAACCAUACAAAUUGAACAAAUACAAAGAAGAACAAGAUGGAUGUGAUUGGUAUGCAUCUGGUCACACAAAAAAUUGUGUAACAGUAGACAAAAAUGGCAUAGGCUUAACUCAACUAUGGAGACAAAUGCUAUCGCAAUUUCCACUAUGUGGUCUUGAGACGAGUGAAGCAAUUGCAGCAGCGUAUGGGUCACCUAUUGCAUUGUUAGAAGCAUAUGAUAACUGCAGCUCAAGAUUAGAAGGAGAAACAAUGCUACAGGAUAUCCCCGUCCGCCGUGGAUUUGGUCCACUAGCUUCCAAUCGUCGUAUUGGACCAGAACUGAGCAAAAAAAUAUACACAUUUUUCACAGAUAAUACAGGAUGCACUACAUUAUCUCAAGAAUAGUGAACAAUAACGGAAAAAGUUAUAAAUAAAUAACAUAAACUAAACUAUUUAAUAACAACUUAUAUUACUGGUAAUUAUAUUUUUCUUCUCAUUAUAUUCAGUUUCAUAGUAUUAAGUGUGCAUAGACUAGACACGUCUAAUUCAUUGUCAUAAUAAUACAUGUAUUAUGUAUAUAAAUUUAGUUUUUACAUUUUUAAUACUAUUUAGAUAAUUUUUUAAACAAAACAAAAACUAGAAUUUCCUAUUCAUAAAUAGUUGUUAAUAUAAAUAACAAGAUCAAAUAAAAAAAAGCAUUAGUUCAUGACUUUUCUCAAAGCAUUUAGAAUGUAAUCAGAUUAAUAGAAAUUGAGCUGAAUAAACGUGGAAUUAUGCAACACGUUUUUUUAUAUGAACUACAGUGCAGACAAAAACAUGAUGUUCAUUAAAAAUUACUUAAAAAUAAAAUAAAUAAUAACAAUAGUUAAAAAUAAAAAUAAAAUAUUCAAAUAGAAAAACAAAGAUAAAUAAAUAAAUAAACAAGCUUCGGCCUUAAGUUGUUGAA